AUGGAACCACCUCUUUCGCCAACAUGGCUCCAAAUUGAGCAAACCAUUGGCCAGAGGCCACAAUUCACAGGAGACGCAUUGUCUAUAAGACAGCAAUACAAGUCAUUUGCAGACCAAGCCAAUAGUUCAUGUACGAAGUCCGCAAACCUCAGUAUUGAGGAUAUAAAAAUCUUGCCUCAUUUGACAGCUAGGGUGUACCUUCCUAUGAAGUCGGAAGGAAGCCAGCCACUGCCCGUUGGCGUUUAUUUCCACGGCGGUGGAUGGUGCUGUGGUGACUUGGACACCGAAGACCCUUUCUGCCAACUCGUUGCUGAACACUUACCUUGUGCCAUUGUCUCGGUGGAGUAUCGUUUGGCACUUGAGCACAAAAGUCCAACUCAGCUUGAGGAUGUCCUUGAAGGCUGGAACUGGGUAAAAUCACAUUUCAAGGCUUGUUCCGACCAUGCUAAUAGAUUCCACGCAUUCAGAAACUCUUCAAAGCUGAACGGAGAUAUCCAAAAAUACUUUGUCAUCGGGCAAAGUGCUGGAGCCCACCUAGCCCUUACUUUGGCAAACAAGCUUGUGAACUUGAAUCGCCAGGGCGAGGUCCGUGGUAUAGCAGCUUUGUAUGUCGAUAAGUAUCGAUCAUUCAAGGAUUACGCAAAUGCGCCAAUGAAUUCAGCCCGUGCUAUGAUCGAGUUCUUUGCCGUUUGCAAUGUUGAUCCCAUUCGCGAUGACGGUUUAAUCAUUCAUGACGUUUUGAAUAAGGCCGGGGUUCCAACAAGGAUUAACCACUAUGAUGGGCUACCUCACGUUUUCUGGGCUUUGGGAUGCCCUACGCCAAGUGGAACCUUCCUGAGUGAUGUAAUUGAUGGCAUUAACUUUGCGAUCAGUUGA